UGAGUCAGGUGAAAGUCGUACGGUACUCAGCGGAGAAAAAGUUGUUUCGUUUAGAAAUGAAACGUUUGUCAACAUCUUAAAUUAUGAACGUUGAAUAAUAAGAUUUACAACUUCAACAUCACCAGGUAAACAGCAGCAAUGAAGAGUCUCAAGUACCGACUGAAAAAGCAUGAAGUUACGCUCACAAACACAGACUGGAACAAGUAUGACGACCGGCUGAUGAAGGCGGUGGAACGGGGCGAGGUGGACAAGGUGGCGGCCGUGCUCAGCAAGAAGGGCAUCAUCCCCACUAAGCUGGACAUGGAGGGACGAUCCGCGUUCCACCUCUCCGCCACCAGGGGCCACCUGGACUGUCUCAAUCUCAUCCUGGGCCACAGCGUUGACCUCACAGCCACCGAUGCCACCGGUAAAAACGCCCUUCAUCUAGCUUCCAGAAAUGGCCAGUCGCUUUGUGUGCAGAAGCUAUUGCAGCACAACUGUCCUGUGGGGAAUGUGGACUUGCAGGGGAGGACAGCUCUACACGACGCUGUGAUGGCAGGCUGCUCCUCUAGCGUCAAACUACUGUGUGACAGCGGGGCAUCUGUAAACGCAAGUGAUUUUGAUGGGCGGACACCUCUGGUGCUGGCUACCCAGAUGUGCCAUCCACACAUCUGCCGGCUGCUGUUGGAGCGAGGGGCCGACAUCGCCAUCCGUGACAAACAGAACAAGUAA